AGUUCAAUGCGUUUUGCCUUGUACUAGUUGUAGGUGGCGCACCGAACAAAGAGAGCGCCUGUUCAUCAACAAUGGCUUCAUCUCUCUCGAGGAAUUGCUCUCGCGUCGCCAGGUCCCUCUCCGUCGCCCUCCGGUGCAUGAGCAACGUCCCGGAAAACACCGUCUACGGCGGUCCCAAGCCGCAGAACCCGAACCAGAGAGUCACUCUGACGCACCUCCGGCAGAAGCACCGGAGAGGAGAGCCGAUCACUGUCGUCACCGCCUACGAUUACCCCUCUGCCGUCCACAUCGACAACGCCGGCAUUGAUGUCUGCCUCGUCGGCGAUUCCGCUGCCAUGGUCGUUCACGGCCACGAUACCACGCUUCCUAUCUCCCUCGACGAGAUGCUCGUCCACUGCCGCGCCGUCGCUCGCGGCGCCAAGCGGCCUCUGCUCGUAGGAGAUCUGCCGUUUGGUACCUAUGAGUCCAGCACCAGUCAGGCGGUACAUACUGCAGUCAGGGUGUUGAAGGAAGGUGGAAUGGACGCUAUCAAACUUGAAGGAGGCUCACCUUCUAGGAUCACUGCUGCAAAAGCCAUAGUUGAAGCAGGAAUAGCGGUUAUGGGCCACGUAGGGCUGACCCCUCAGGCGAUUAGCGUUCUCGGUGGAUUCAGACCGCAGGGUAAAAACAUAGCGAGCGCUGUUAAGGUUGUGGAGACUGCCAUGGCUUUGCAAGAAGCCGGGUGUUUUUCGGUUGUUUUGGAAUGUGUCCCGCCCCCUGUGGCUGCUGCAGCGACAUCUGCUCUUCACAUUCCGACCAUCGGCAUCGGGGCUGGCCCUUUCUGCAGUGGACAGGUGUUAGUCUAUCAUGAUCUUCUGGGAAUGAUGCAACAUCCGCACCAUGCUAAGGUAACGCCAAAGUUCUGCAAGCAGUACGGUCGAGUAGGAGAAGCGAUCAAUAAAGCACUUGAGGAGUACAAGGAAGAAGUGACCAACAACUCCUUUCCGGGGCCUUCACACAGCCCUUACAAGAUCUCAUCCGCCGACCUCGUCGGCUUCGUGUCCGAACUGCAGAAGUUGGGUUUGGAUAAUGCCGCUUCCGCCGCAUCCUCCGCCGCCGAGAAGGUGGAACCUUCGUCUGAGCAUUAGAGGAGGAAAUCUUUUUUUUUUUAAGGCUGCGUCCCCUAAUAAAAUAAUAUAUGAAUUCGGAAUUUAAUCCUUUUGGGGAUUUAUUUCUAUUAAUUUCUAAUUGGUUUGAGUUUGA